AUGGCGCUGGAAAACUGCCGCGGACUGACCCUUUUCAAAUUAACACUGCAGUCGUCGGCGCUCUGGAAUUCGCCCCAAACCCCCCCUCAUACCUCUCGCGCUAUGCAUCGUUCCUUUUCUCCUUCCUCGGACGGGGCCUGCCCGAAAAUUCUUCCAGUGUACGUGUUCAUCGGCUCCAUACUCAUUGAGGGACAUACCCUGCGCAUCAUUGCAGGCACCGCCGUCGGCUUCGCGGGUCUCGGAUACGCUGUCUUGGAAUUUGUGCCGUCGAUAGAAGCACCAUCCACCAUGCGCGAGGCGGAUGCCACAUGGGGAGCUGAGCAGGUUUAG